GUGGGGAACAAGCACCCAGGGUGGCGCCUUCCCGACUGACACUGGAGGGGGCAUCCCGAUGACCUGCUGACAUCCGUCCACUUGGUCCUCAGGAAAGGGCUGCGAUGUCCCAGACUCAGGACUACGAGUGUGAGAGCCGUCAUGCUGGCACGCAGGAGCCUCGGGUCUCAGGGUCUAGCACAAGGCUGGAGUGGGUGGAGAUCAUUGAGCCGCGCACCCGCGAGCGCAUGUAUGCCAACUUGGUCACAGGUGAGUGCGUGUGGGACCCGCCCGCCGGCGUCCGCAUCAAGCGCACCAGCGAGAAUCAGUGGUGGGAGCUCUUCGACCCCAACACGUCCCGCUUCUACUACUACAACGCCACCACCCAGCGCACCGUGUGGCACCGGCCGCAGGACUGCGACAUCAUCCCCCUGGCCAAGCUACAGACUCUGAAGCAGAACACCGAGUCCCCCCGUGCCUCAGCAGAGAACAGCCCCGGGCGGGGCAGCAGCGUCAGCCGCGAUGGCAGCACCAGCUCCUCCCUGGAGCCGGAGCUAGACGCCCCCGAGAAGGCGCAGGAGCCUCCAGGGAGGGCGAGCCGGCAGGCCGUGUUUGGGGCUGUGAAGGAGGAGAGCAGCAGUUCUCCACCACCAGGAGUGUUCCUUGAGAAGGACUAUGAGAUUUACCGGGAUUACAAUGCAGAUGGCCAACUUCUUCACUACAGGACCUCCUCGCUCCGGUGGAACUCAGGCACCAAGGAGCGCAUGCUCAUCAAAGUUGCCGACCGGGAGCCCGGCUUUCUGUCCCCCCAGGGCAAUGGCUACCCACUGGACAGCCAGCCUGGGGGCCGCUCCCGCAGACCCUCAGGUGGGCAGCCCUCGCCCAGCCUGCAGACGUUCACCCCUGAUGUGGACGGUUCUAUCUUCUUCCCUGAGCGGAGGCCGUCGCCCUUCCUAAAGAGGGCUGAUCUGGGGAGCUGCUCCCCACUGCUAGCUCAGCCCCGCAAGCCCGCUGGCGACUCACAGCCCUCCUCCCCGCGCUAUGCCUACGAGCCGCCCCUCUACGAAGAGCCCCCUGUGGAGUACCAGGCCCCCAUUUACGACGAGCCCCCCAUGGACGUGCAGUACGAGGCCGGCGGCGGCUACCAGGCCGGCUCGCCCCAGCGAUCUCCAGGCCGCAAACCGCCCCCCUUCCCGCAGUCACCCAAGCAGGCCUCCGCCUCGCCCUACCAGCAGCUGGUGCUCACCAGGCAGAAGUGCCCCGAGCGCUUCCUGAGCCUCGAAUACAGCCCCGCAGGCAAGGAGUACGUGCGGCAGCUGGUGUACGUGGAGCAGGCCGGCUCAAGCCCUAAGCUGCGCGCAGGCCCACGCCACAAGUACGGGCCCAAUCCUGGGGGUGGGUCACUCUCCCUGCAGCCCAGCCCCUGCCCGCUGCGGGACCAGCACCUGGGGGCCACGUCUGGGGACUACAGCAGCAUGCAGGGGCCCGAGCCGCGGCAUACCCAGCCACCCACGCCGCUGCCCCAGGCCCAGGACGACACCAUGUCCUGGUCCAGCCAGCAGGACACCAUGUCCUCGACGGGCUACUCCCCAGGCACGCGCAAGAGGAAGAGCCGGAACCCCUCUCUGUGCCAUGCUCCCAGCACCUCAUCUGGCGACGGUGCUGGGGACCGCGACCUGCUUGGUGAGCAGCCCCUGGCCGAGGAACGGCCCCCAUGUGGGCCCAGCCUGGCCCCGGUGAAGCGCGGAGAUGGCAAGGCGGGUGAGGCAGACGGGGCACGGGGCACGGCUGAGCCCUUCUUGGCGCAGGCACGGCUAGCCUGGGAGGCACAGCAGGCCCACUUCCACCUGAAGCAGAGGGGCAGCUGGGACUCCCAGCAGGACGGCUCGGGCUAUGAGAGCGACGGGGCCGUGCCACUGCCCAUGCCGGGGCCCGUGGUGCGAGCCUUCAGUGAGGACGAGGCUCUGGCCCAGCAGGAGAGCAAGCACUGGCAGAGGGGCGCCUUGGAGAGGCUUGCCUUCCCGCAGAUCCUGCUUGAGAAAAGUGUCUCCGUGCAGACCAACCUGGCUUCACCAGAGCCCUACCUCCACCCCUCACAGUCCGAGGACCUCGGCACCUGCGCCCAGUUUGAGAGUAGCCGGCAGACCCGCAGCGUGAUGCCCAGUGCCAGCUGUGUGUUCCCUACCUUCACGCUGCGCAAGCCGUCCUCAGAGACCGACAUUGAGAACUGGGCCUCCAAGCACUUCAACAAGCACACGCAGGGCCUCUUCCGGCGGAGGGUGUCCAUCGCCAACAUGCUGGCCUGGAGCAGCGAAUCCAUCAAGAAGCCCAUGAUCGUGACCAGCGACCGCCACGUGAAGAAGGAGGCCUGCGAGAUCUUCAAACUGAUCCAGAUGUACAUGGGUGACCGACGCGCCAAGGCAGACCCACUGCAUGUGGCCCUGGAGAUCGCCACCAAGGGUUGGAGCGUGCAGGGCCUGCGGGACGAGCUCUACAUCCAGCUGUGCCGGCAGACCACUGAGAACUUCCGCCUUGAGAGCCUGGCCCGUGGCUGGGAGCUCAUGGCCAUCUGCCUGGCCUUCUUCCCGCCCACACCCAAGUUCCACUCCUACCUGGAGGGCUACAUCUAUCGGCACAUGGACCCCGUCAAUGACACCAAAGUGACACAGCACAUGAAAGAGCUCCUGGAAAGGAACACUAAGAAGAAGUCCAAGUUGAGAAAGAAACCCAAGCCUUAUGUUGAGGAGCCGGAUGGAGUGGCGAUAAGCACAUAUGCCAAGUAUUGUUACCACAAGCUGCAGAAGGCGGCCCUGACCGGGGCCAAGAAGGGGCUGAAGAAGCCCAACGUGGAGGAGAUCCGGCAUGCCAAGAAUGCCGUGUUCAGCCCGUCCAUGUUUGGCAGUGCACUGCAGGAGGUCAUGAGCAUGCAGAAGGAGCGCUACCCUGACCGGCAGCUGCCCUGGGUACAGACACGGCUGUCUGAGGAGGUGCUAGCCCUCAACGGUGACCAGACGGAAGGCAUCUUCAGAGUCCCUGGGGACAUUGACGAGGUGAACGCUCUGAAGCUACAGGUGGACCAGUGGAAAGUGCCUACAGGCCUGGAGGACCCCCAUGUCCCUGCGUCGCUGCUGAAGCUGUGGUACCGGGAGCUGGAGGAGCCUCUGAUCCCGCACGAGUUCUACGAGCAGUGCAUCGCGCACUACGAGAGCCCCGAGGCCGCCGUGGCCGUGGUGCACGCGCUGCCCCGCAUCAACCGCCUGGUGCUCUGCUACCUCAUCCGCUUCCUCCAGGUGUUCGUGCAGCCCGCCAACGUGGCCAUCACCAAGAUGGACGUCAGCAACCUGGCCAUGGUGAUGGCGCCCAACUGCCUGCGCUGCCGAUCGGACGACCCGCGCGUAAUCUUCGAGAACACUCGCAAGGAGAUGUCCUUCCUUCGCGUGCUCAUCCAGCACCUGGACACCAGCUUCAUGGAGGGCGUGCUAUAGCACGUGGGCACCGAAGGACCUAGGGUGGGGACAGAGCCGAAGCUCGGGUGCACCCGGGCAGGGGACACGCCGGGAGGGGGGAGGGGACGCCCCAGUCGCGGAGGUAGCAUGCCAGGCUCCGCCCAUGCCCGCCCCAGCCCUGGAACCCCCAUUUCCCCACCCAGGCCCUCGGCGUGAGGGCGCAGCCAGGGCAGAGGAGCUACAGGAAGGGCGCCUCUGGCCCUCCACCUCUUAGCCAGUUCCGUGGGCACCGCCCCGCCCACUGCCGGCCGCGGGUGAGCCCCGAGAAAGUGCCUUCUGUUUCCUGGAGCCAAGUGACACUGCCCCUCCGGGGCCAGCCCCAGAGCACACGCGGCUCCUGCCGGGGUGAGCUGCCUUGCUGGAGCUCCUGCGCUCAGCCUGGUCCUGGCCUGGGCCCUGCCUGGCUGCCCCUCUCCCCUCUUCUGCUCUCUUCAUUCUUCUCGGCCGCCUGGC